AUGUGUCUCCGUGUCGUGCCCAUGCACCCCUGGUGCGAUUGCUUUGACCCGGACGAGGGCUUUGAUGGCCCUAGCUGCCCGCACCAUGUGCAUAUAGCGGAACAGCCCGUGGACAACACAGCAGUAGGAACAAGUGAAUCAGACGCCCCUACCCGCUCGGCGCUACUGGAGAAAGUCACCCGGCCGGCGGCCGUCUGGCAGCACUGCGUGACGUACAAGUCCGAGUGGACGGUACCGAGCAGCGGCAGCCCGGUUCUGCAGGAGGGCCACGAGCUAGAGUGUCCCAUAGCCAUGGCCCAGAUCAGUAGCAGACACAAGAAUGCGAUGCUAACCCCUAAUGUUGACGAGAUCGUCUCUCACGGCAACAGGCUCAGAGACUGCAAGCACUACAUCGUGUGGCCAGGCCUCCCGCUCACGUCAGGCGACGAGACACUCACCCCGCCGCCAGAGCUAGCAACCAACCACGACACCGCGCGACCAACCGUCGCCGCCUACGUGCACUGCGUCGACGGGCUGGUCGACGGCGAGGAGGAGGUCGACGGCGAGGAGGAGGUCGACGGCGAGGAGGAGAUCGACGUCUCACAGUCAGUCAUUUAUCUGGCGCCGUUGUAUCACCGCGACCGCGUGGCGCCGCCGAUCGACGUCUCGGCCGAGUGGGCGCGGCUCAAGGGCAGCGCGCGGGGAGCGUACGACGAGCAGCUCGCGCGGCUCGGGGACCGGGUAACUGGUAUUGUUGACAUCGCUCUGUAUGCCUCCCCGUCAAACACCAAAGUCUUCCACGUAGGGCACUGCAGCCUCGGUAUCAACGGCAUCGCGAAUUUCGCCGACAGCGCGCGGCUAGUUUUCAAGAACCUCAUGCGCUCGCUAUCUUCCCUGACGUUACCGGACCCAGCUACGCAUGCUAUUCUAGCCACCCAGUAUAUUCCGGCCACUCAAUACAUCCCGGCCGCCCAGUACAUCCUGGCAACCCAGGCUUCUAUGACCGUGCCGCAUAGAUUGUAUAUAAGCUUUGAUCUGGGUACCCAAUCCAAAAAUCGGCGUACCCCCUCGGGGGUCCUUGCCAGCUGCUGGUAG